UCAACUCAGAUGGCUCCACGUUUCCCUAAUACACGUGUCACCCGAUUUCUUCAGCCUCUGAGGCCCUAAAUAUGACACACGCGUCACGUACGGCACCCCUCCUAUAAAUGCACCCCGAUCCCCCACUCGCCCACCACCAGAUAAAGGCAAAAUUUAGUUAGAACCUCUUCUCAAUCUUCUCAAUCCAAUUCCAACUCUUACUCGAUGCCCAUGACCAAUACAUCCAACCGCCGGAUUCUAACUUUUCCGGCCAUCCACCCCUGUGACGCCGUCUCUCCCGGUGCCCUCCACGCUCUCAUCGGCCUUUGCCAUGACAUCACCUCACACCGUUCCGACGACUUCCCAGUUCACCGGCGUCGCGCCCGAGAAACACUCCGGCAGGUCGGCGCGAUCCUCGAAUUCUUGGAGGAUGUCCGGGACCGUGGAGCCAUCCUUCCCGGCUCCGUAACCGUAAGCUUCUCCGAGCUUCAUGUCACUCUCCAGAAGAUCCGGCAUCUCCUCCACGACUGCGCCAGACCGGGCGCCCGGCUCUGGGUCCUACUGCUGUCCGACCGGGUGUCGUGCGAGUUCCAAGUCCUCGUUCGGUCGAUCGCCACAGUUCUUGACGUCCUUCCGUUGGAGACGAUCGAUGCGGCGCCGGAAGUCAAGGAGGUGAUCCGGCUCGUCAGGAGGCAAGCGUGGAAGGUGGCAAUGGGGAUCGACCCUGCCGACCACCGGGCGCUGCGGAGCGUAUGGUCAAUUCUGAACCAAUUCAAGAAGGGUGUCGCUCCGGCUCGAAGCAAUCUUAAACGGGUCUUGGAGCACUUGCACAUUCGAAGCUGGACGGAUUGCCACGAAGAGGUCGCGUUCUUGGAAGAAGAGAUCUUUGCAAGUUCUGAUGAUGAUGAGAUUGCCCUCCUCGCCAGCUUGAUGGGAUUCAUGGUCUAUUGCCGCGUGGUUCUGUUUGAUACCAUGGACGGCAAUAGGAGUGAUCACAAGGAUUGUAAUCUCCAGCCACAAGUCAUCGAACACCUGCGCCAAGAAGAUCUAUGGUGCCCGAUCUCUCUUGAGCUCAUGAUGGACCCUGUAACAGUAGCUACGGGGCAGACUUACGACCGGGCAUCGAUCAUAAGAUGGUUCAAAGCUGGAUACCUCACAUGCCCGGUAACCGGCGAGAGACUGGACAGCACCGAAUUAGUCCCCAACUCAGCAAUUCGAAAGCUUGUCGUGCAAUUUUGUCACCAGAACAACGUACCAAUCACGGAGCCAAGCGUCAAGCGGAAACGAGAUCUGUCCAAGACCGCCUCGCCCUUCAGCCCAGCGGGAGCAGGAGCCAUAAGAAUGGUUGCUGCUUUCCUCGUUGACAAGCUUUCGAAUGGAACGAGCCAAGAGAAGUACAAGGCAACUUAUGAAAUCCGAAAGCUCUCGAAAUCCAACGUCUUCAACAGAGCUUGCUUGGUGGAAGCUGGUCCGAUCCCAUGGCUGCUACAUCUCCUCUCGUCAACAGAUCCUUCAAUUCAGAAGCAUGCAGUGGCUGGCCUCUUGAACCUUGCAAAGCAUCCUGAUGGUCGGAAGGCUAUUUUUGAAACUGGCGGUCUCACUCUUGUAGUUGAUGUUAUGAAAAUGGGGUUUAAGAUUGAGGCCCAGCAGAAUGCAGCGGCAAUCCUCUUCUACCUCUCAUCAAUUGAAGAGUACCGAAUAGAGAUUGGAGAUAUCCCGGAGGCAAUUCCAACACUUGUAGGGCUGUUGAGAGACGGCAUGUACCGAGGAAAGAAGAAUGCCUUGGUUGCUUUGUUGGGGCUGCUUCUGUAUCAUGGCAACCAUCCAAAAGUAUGGGAAGCAGGGGCCAUCCCAGUUCUCACCAAUCUUUUGUCAAGUGAAAUGGAGGAUCUUGUUAUCGAUUCUACCGCAGUUCUUGGGAAAAUAGCAGAAAGGAAGGAGGGGACGAGUGCAAUUUUGAGGUAUGAUGUCAUUCCUCAUGUGGUGGAAGUUCUCCAGUCAACCACAUCUCGGUCUGGGAGGGAGUCCUGUGUCUCUAUUUUGCUGUCCCUCUGCAACAAUGGUGGAACGAAAGUGGUUAGUCUACUAGGGCAAAUGCCUUCGCUUAUGCCAUCGCUAUAUUCCCUUGUCAUAGAAGGCUCUCCUAUAGCCGGCCAGAAGGCCAGGUCGCUGCUCAAUCACAUCCACAGCUUCGAAGAGCACGGCUACCCUGCCAUUUUCCCUUCCCAAUGAUAUCGUUCUUUAUGCCUUACAGAGCACUAUUCGUUCAUCAUCGGAGGUUUUUGAGACACCACCCUGUAUAUAUAUACACAAGAGUCUAGAUUUUUUCUAUUUUUGAAUUUUAUUAUGAUCUGAUCUCAGCUCGGUUUUUGUGAGAGCUGAGAUCAUGAUCUUUUUUUUUUUUUCUUUAAUAAUCUGCCUUGGAUGUACAAAAUCGAAUAAAAUAAAAAAAAAGUGCGACUCUCUUGUCUCUUUUAUGCCUCA